GUUAACUCUUAAACCCUAAACCCUUACUUUUAGCCGGAGCAAAGAAGAACACAGUUUACGUACUCUUCUUCAACCAAACAACUCUUGUAACCCUCGAUAUUCGCUUCCACAACACAGGAGAAAGUUUAAGCUCAAAUUGGACUUAGUAAGAAGUAUAAAUGGCAAUUGAUGGAAGUUUUCGUAUCGAAUAUGAGCUCGAAAGGUUUCUUCGUCGGUGUCCGAAGCUUGCAGCCGCUCCAGAGUUAGUUAAACUAGUCAAAAAGGGGAAGAGUUUAACAGAGGAAGAGCUGAUUGAUGGAGUAGCAGAGUUACUUUUACAUCCUCGUUAUACAAUCCGGUUAGUGGGAUGCUUUCGUCCGAUUGCACGCAAGAUUGUUGACCGGUCCGUGGCGUUGCUGCGUUUGGUGCCUGAUCUGACUUCCAAUUCUAGUGAUUUAAUGCUUGAGUUUGAUGAGGGGAGAUUGUUUAAGGAUACUGAGAGUUCAGAGUGUGAAGAAGUUAUUUGUGUUAUUAACGUAUAUGUCAAGCAUGAGAGAGGUCUGAAACUUCACGAGCUUGCAUGUUUAGCGUUUUCAAGAACACUUGAUUUGCUACCCUAUUUGUCCGGGUCUAUAAGAAAUUACUUCAGUUUUGCGCCACCGCCAUUUAAAAGGAUCACAGGGAAGGAAUCAAUGUCCCAUUUGUUAAUGCAGGAAGGAGUUCAUCUACUGGAUGCUAUGCGAGUAUCAUACCGUCUUCUUCUAGCAGAACCUGAGUUUUUUUCUAGGCUAUGGGACUGGUCCUGUUUUUUGGACCUUUUACAUGAGAUCACCAGCUUUAACGGAGAAAAUACUGAGCUUUUAAUGGACAUAAGAUGGUGUGUGGUUCAAAUAUUAACGGUUGUUUUAAAAAUGAGUGACAGGUUUGUCCGGAAAAAGAAAAGUGACAUGACAGCUCCUGACUUUGGAUUUGAUGACGAAGUCGCAUUUGCGUGUUUAUUGCGGUGGAAGGAGUUUCUUCAGGAUGUAUCUUUGGAGAAAGCUGGCUGGUAUCUUGAACCAUUUAGGGAAAGCGGAUCGUGUUCUUCUGAAGAAGACAUAAAUUUGGGCCUUGGGCCAUCAAAUUGGAGCGACAUGGAGGCAACAUGGGAUAUGAGUAAAAGUGGAAGACCUUUUGUGGUAACAUCUGCUGUGAAGAAAAGUUUUGAGAUGGUAUGGUUGGCAGUGAGUCAGAGGUGGCCUGUUCUUCUUUACGGUCCAGCAGGAGCAGGCAAAACUGCUCUUAUUAGCAAGUUAGCUCAUGCUCAAGGGAGUCAAGUUCUAUCUAUUCACAUGGAUGAGCAAAUUGAUGGAAAAACACUGAUUGGGAGUUAUGUAUGUGCCGAACAACCGGGUGAAUUUAGGUGGCAGCCUGGUUCCCUUACUCAGGCUAUCCUUAAUGGACUUUGGGUUGUCUUUGAGGACAUUGAUAAAGCUCCUGCAGAUGUUCAAUCCAUUUUGUUACCUUUGCUAGAGGGUUCUACCUCCUUCUUAACUGGCCAUGGGGAGGCAGUUAAGGUUAGUGAAAGCUUUCGGCUUUUUUCUACAGUAUCAAGCUCAAGGUUAGAUGCAUCCACUGUGACGACAGCUACGAACUCCCUUGGUGCAUUAUGGAGGAGAGUAAUGGUGAGUCCCCCAAGUCGUAAUGACUUGCUAAGUAUUGUGAAAGCUUGGUACCCCGACUUGGAAUCUAUAUGUGGAAAACUUAUAGAAACCUUUGAAAAGGUUAACCAGCUUGCAGGCUAUCAGCUUGGAACUUCUGUUGCUUUUUCUUCUACUGGCAGGUUUUCAUUGAGGGAUCUUUUGAAGUGGUGCAAGAGAAUUGUUGGUUUGGGUUAUCGAUUUGCAGGGGAUAACUUGUCAGUUGAUGUGGCUAAGUGCAUCUAUCAGGAGGCUGUUGAUGUUUUUGCAACCUCUUCAAGUUCAGUCGAAAUGCGGUUAAGAAUUAUGAAAGAGUUAUCAGAAAUUUGGAAAAUACAUAUUUCAAACGCCAAUACAUUGUUUCCUGUUGAUAAACCUCUUGUCAAGGACUUGCGGUCUGAGGUACAUAUUGGACGAGUAGCUCUUCAGAGAACCGGAAAACUUAAAUCGCCUCAUGUGAUCAAGUCAUUCGUUGAGAUUCGUACUUCACUUCAUAUCUUGGAGAGAAUAGCUGGAUCUGUCAAGUAUAACGAGCCUGUUCUUUUGGUUGGUGAAACUGGUACUGGAAAGACAACAAUGGUACAGCAUCUGGCUGCAAGAAUUGGUCAGAAGCUUACAGUUUUGAACUUGAGCCAGCAAAGUGAUGUUGCGGAUCUAUUGGGAGGUUUUAAACCUAUGGAUGCACAGUUUUUAUGCCUUCCUCUAUAUAAGGAUUUUGAAACUCUAUUUCGCAGAACCUUCUCUUCGAAGGAUAACGAGAGUUUUCUUGCCAUCUUAAGAAAAUUUGUCAGUGAUAAAAACUGGAACAGGUUACUCAAUGGUCUUCAGAAGGGUGUCCGUAAAGUGGUUGAAAUUGGAAAAAAGACACCUGGCGGAAAAAGAAAACGGCCACUAAGUGAAGAACUUGUAAAAAAAUGGGACAAGUUGUCGUUAAGACUUGAUGCAGCUCAAUCGCAAAUCAGUUCUUCAGAUGGGAUGGUAUUUUCAUUUGUAGAGGGAAUUUUUAUAACAGCUUUAAAAAAAGGUGAAUGGAUAUUACUGGAUGAGGUUAAUUUAGCACCCCCUGAAACUCUUCAAAGAGUUAUUGGUGUUCUUGAAGACGAAAGUGGGUCCCUUUGUUUAGCAGAAAGAGGAGAUGUGGAUUAUAUAUCUAGAAACCCUAAUUUUCGGAUUUUUGCUUGUAUGAAUCCCGCAACUGAUGCCGGUAAACGAGAUCUUCCAUUGUCGUUAAGAAGCCGCUUUACAGAGUAUUUUAUGGAUGACGUGUUGGAAGACAAAGAUCUGGAGCUUUUUAUUAAUGAAUUUAUCGGAGCAGACGGUUCAAUUAAAGAUAUAACUAGUAAAGUCUUGAAGUUUUAUAAAAUGGCAAAGAAAGAAUCCGAAGAGAGGCUGCAGGAUGGGGCUAAUCAAAAGCCUCAGUACAGUUUACGGUCACUUUAUCGUGCCCUAGAAUAUACAAAGAAGGCAAGACAUAAAUUUGAUAUUUCAAAAGCUAUUUACGAUGGGUUUUCGAUGUUUUUUCUCACUAUGUUAGAUCCUCCUAGUGCCAAGUUAAUGAACUCAUUAAUCGUUGAGCACCUAUUGGAUAAGAAAGUGGCCCCACAUGUUUCGUUUGAUAAGUAUAUUACGGGCCCGAAGAACUUCAAAUCUAAUGAUUUUGUGGACAACUAUCAAUUGACUGAUAGUGUUAAGGGGCAGCUUAGUAAUUUAGGACGUGCUGUAUUUAUAGGAAGAUAUCCGGUUUUGUUACAGGGGCCCACGUCUAGUGGAAAGACUAGUCUUGUUCAGUAUCUUGCUGCAAUAACCGACCAUGAAUUUGUACGGAUUAAUAAUCACGAGCACACUGAUUUACAAGAAUAUCUGGGUUCUUACAUUACUGACGCUACUGGAAAACUUGUUUUUCAAGAAGGGGUGUUGGUUAAAGCGGUUAGACACGGGUAUUGGAUUGUUCUUGAUGAGCUUAAUUUGGCUCCGUCUGAUGUUUUGGAAGCGUUAAAUAGAUUGCUUGAUGAUAACCGUGAACUUUAUGUUCCUGAACUAUGUGAAACAAUUCACGCACAUAAAGAUUUUAUGCUGUUUGCCACUCAGAAUCCACCUACCUUUUAUGGUGGACGAAAGAUGCUCUCUAGAGCUUUCCGAAAUCGGUUUGUUGAGAUACACGUGGAUGAAAUUCCACAGAAUGAACUGAUUACGAUUUUGGAGAAACGUUGUAAGAUUGCUCCUACAUAUGCAAAGAAAAUGAUCGAUGUCAUGAAGGAUUUGCAGCUACGUAGGCAGAGUAGUAAAGUUUUUGCUGGAAAACACGGGUUUAUUACCCCUCGUGAUUUGUUUCGGUGGGCUGAUAGGUACCGGAUGUUUGGGACAUCAUAUGAAGAUCUAGGACGUGACGGGUAUUAUUUGUUGGCUGAAAGACUGCGUGAUGAUGUAGAGAAGAAAGUUGUUCUAGAAGUUUUGGAGAAGCAUCUACGAAUCAAACUUUCUAGCAGUCUUAUGUACAGAGAAGGAAAUGCAGAUCUGAAGUUGCAAAACUCUUUGGUUGCUUCGGGAGAUCUUGGAAGGGUGGUUUGGACCGAUAGUUUGUGGCGGUUAUACUUUCUUGUUGAGCGGUGUUAUAGGUUACGUGAACCGGUGCUUCUGGUUGGAGAAACUGGUGGUGGCAAGACAACAGUAUGUCAGUUGCUGAGUAUUGCCUUGGGAUCCAAGUUACACAUCUUGAAUUGCCAUCAAUACACCGAAACUUCUGAUUUUCUCGGGGGAUUCUAUCCUGUUCGAGAAAGAUCAGAAUUAGGUUCGGAUUUCAAAGUUUUGUGUGAGCAAUUGCUGCAGUCUAAAGCUUUUAAGCACUUUCCUCUUGAUGCUAAAAUUUCGUUCGACAUUAAUCAAGCAUCAACUACACUCGAUCAAGUGAAUAAAGUGAUAAAAUGUUACAGAGAAGGUCAAAUCCUUCACGCUGAUGUCACCUGUGAUGAAAUCAAUUAUAUUGAAGAAACCAUAGAACGACUAUCUCUUCUUCAUAAAAGAUGGUCCACAAUCUUUAACUGGCAAGAUGGUCCUCUUGUUCAAGCAAUGAAAAAUGGUGACUUGUUUCUUGUGGAUGAAAUAUCAUUGGCUGAUGAUAGUGUUCUCGAACGACUGAAUAGUGUCCUGGAGCCUGAGAGGAAAUUGUCUUUGGCAGAAAAAGGGGGUGCUGAUCUUGAGAAAAUAACAGCGCAUGAGAAGUUUUUUGUACUUGCUACUAUGAAUCCUGGUGGUGAUUUUGGGAAAAAGGAACUAUCUCCUGCACUUCGCAACCGGUUUACGGAAAUAUGGGUACCUCCUGUGAGUGAGCUGAAUGAGCUCAAAUGUAUAGCAUCAGAGAAGAUCUUAAACCCUAAGCUCUCUUUUGUGGCGGAUGUAAUUAUAAAUUUCUGGGAGUGGUUCAAUCGGUCACAAAUGGGAAGAACGCUUACAGUUAGAGAUCUUUUGUCUUGGAUAGAUUUUAUCAAUGUAACUGAGAAAAGUUUGCAUCCAGAAGUUGCAUUGUUGCAUGGUGCAUUUCUCGUCUUGCUUGAUGGACUAAGCUUAGGUACAGGAAUUUCGAAAAUCGAGGCUGAUGACUUGAGGGAAAGGUGUCUGUCGUUUCUUAUGGAGCAAUUAAAGGCAAAUCUUUCGAUGACAGAAUAUAAUGAUUGGUCUAAUCUUUUGAAGUCAGCUGAGGUACCACCUAAUAGUGGCAUGGAGAUAGACAGUUCUUUCGGAAUUCAUCCAUUUUAUAUCGAGAAAGGUAAUAAUCGUCUACAGGCUGAAGGAUUCGAGUUUCUGGCUCCGACCACCCGCAGAAAUUCCUUACGUGUACUUCGGGCUAUGCAGCUUAAAAAGCCUGUUUUAUUGGAAGGAAGUCCAGGUGUCGGAAAGACGAGUCUUAUCCUUGCUCUCGGCAAAUUUUCUGGACAUUCUGUUGUACGGAUAAAUUUAUCAGAGCAGACUGACAUGAUGGAUUUACUGGGAUCGGACUUACCUGUUGAAAGUGAUGAAGGAAUGCAGUUUGCUUGGUCUGAUGGUAUCCUCUUGCAGGCUCUGAAGAAUGGAUCUUGGGUUUUGCUUGAUGAACUUAAUCUUGCUCCUCAAUCUGUGUUGGAGGGCUUAAAUGCUAUACUAGAUCAUCGAGCGGAAGUUUUUAUUCCAGAACUGGGUCGUACUUUCAAGUGUCCUUCGUCUUUCAGAGUGUUCGCUUGUCAAAAUCCUUCCAAUCAAGGGGGUGGGAGGAAAGGACUUCCCAAAUCUUUUCUCAAUCGCUUUACGAAGGUAUAUGUUGAUGAGUUAGUUGAGAAAGACCAUCUCUUCAUCUGUCGUUCGUUGUACCCGUCUAUCCAAGAGUCUUUGCUUGUGAAGCUUAUUGCUUUUAAUAAGCGUUUAUAUGAAGAUACGAUGAUAAGCCAUAAAUUUGGACAAUCUGGAUUCCCAUGGGAGUUCAAUUUACGAGAUAUUAUUCGUUCAUGUCAGAUCAUAGAAGGUGCUCCUGGAAGUGCAAAGAACGAUUGCUUUCUCAACACUGUGUAUGUCCAAAGAAUGCGUUCUUCCACUGACCGACAGGAAGUCAUUAAUCUAUACAAACAAGUUUUCGGAGUAAAACCGGUUAUAAAUUUAUACCCAAGGGUGCAGCUUGAUCCAGAAAACUUGAUCGUUGGAAACACGUAUGUGAAAAGGAACAAUACCAAAGCAUCAGCCCUAUCUUCAUGUGAACUAAAAAUAUUGCCAGGUCAGCGUCAAAGUCUGGAAAGUGUGGCGCAGUGUCUGCAUCAUCAAUGGCUGGUCUUGCUAAUAGGUCCAGCAGCAUCUGGUAAAACUUCUUUAAUAAGAUUAAUGUCACAGCUCACUGGAAACGUUCUAAAUGAACUUAGCCUUUCUUCUGCUACCGAUAUAUCUGAACUACUUGGGUGCUUUGAGCAAUAUAACGCUAUUCGUCAUUAUCGUCUUGCCAUUGACCAAGUUGACCGAUACAUGAAUGCAUGUAUGUCUGUUAAAACAUUCACAAAACGAAAGAGUUUGAUCAGCCGUUGGCUUUCUUUCUCAUCAACUAUCGAUCAUGGUUCUGCAAGUUUUGUAACUGCAUCUGUUGAGAAAUGGAACCAUGGAGUUUUUCGUUCGCUACCGUUACUAAUCGAUAUUAUCGAGGAUUUAAAACUGGUUUUGGAAAGUGAUUCUGAAGAUCUUGAUAGGUUGCUGAAGAUUGUUACGAAGUUGGAAGACGAUCAGAGGAAACUGCUAUAUCCUGCAAAGUUUGAAUGGGUUACCGGAUUGCUUAUUAAGGCUAUAGAGAAUGGAGAGUGGAUUGUACUUGAGAAUGCUAACCUUUGCAACCCUACGGUUCUUGAUAGAAUCAAUUCUCUAGUUGAGCAAUCUGGGUCAAUAACGGUCAAUGAAUGUGGGACCAUAGAAGGAAAACCACUGACCCUUCGGCCCCACCCUCAAUUCAGAAUGUUCCUCACGGUUAACCCAACCUAUGGUGAAGUAUCACGAGCCAUGAGAAAUAGAGGUGUUGAAAUCUUUUUGAUGCGGCCGUACGGUAAAAUUGGUUUGACUGAUUACGAGAAUGAACUCAAAGAUGUGAAACGAUUUCUUGCACUUUCAAAUAUACCCGGUGAAUUUUUAGUUAACGCAAUGGCUAAAUCGCAUCUUUCUGUUAAAGAAAUUGGGUUGCAGCAUGACGUCCGCAUUUCAAACGUUGAACUUAUGAGGUGGGUCCAGUUAUUUCAACGUCUUGUUACAAAUGGAAAUCAGGCUUUAUGGAGCUUGAAAAUUAGCUUUGAGCAUACGUAUCUUUCCUCUUUAGGGCAUACUGAGGGAAAAGAUAUUAUCAAUGAAACGCUUAGUUCUUACCUGUCGAUGCAUGAAGUUUACAAUUAUGGAUCUUCUCCGGAUUCUUCUUUAUGCUUGCCUGGCGGAUGGCCCACAGUGUUGACGGUGUGUGAUUUCGUACGGUACUCAGUUGAAACUUCGGUUAAACAAAACUGCAUGAAUGUGGAGUAUCUCGGGGCUCAAAUGGCCUCACUUUCAUUUCGGGAUGCUUUCGGUUCGCACAAAAUCGAACAAGUUCAAUGUCACAGUGAUUCCAUGAGGACAUAUGUAACAGAUGUAGGUCUAUUGCAUGACAUGGCAUUCCCAAAAGCUGACGUGGCAGGGUUGCACACUGUCAACCAAACGAGAUUCGAUGCAGCACAUCUGUACAAAAAGCUUUUGUUUGCGGCUAAUUGGACCAUUGAACAGGCUACAGAAGCGGACCUUAAAGUGUAUCUUUUGUGGUUCCGAUGGUUGAGUGAUCAUUUACAAGGACACUGCUCGUUUUUCUCAUCCUUUUUAAAGCUUCUGAACCAAGAACUUGAUCAUCCUAUUUGGCAUUGCAUUAGAAUGUGUCGUGAUGUUGACCACUCGGAUUCGAUAUCAUCCAAUUCAACACCUAUGCUUUCACUGGAGUAUGCUAAUUUAAACGCAAUGGUAUCUGAGUCUAGCAGCCAACUUCUGAAAAAAGCGGUCAAGUGUGUUGAGUUGCUAAGGGUUAGUUACCAACAAUGGCAAGCUGAGAGCGAGUUUAACUUUAACCAUGGUGAGAGUGAGUUUAAGUACAGGGCUGUUUUGCUAUCUCUAAGGAAUCUUGAAGAAAAAAUUCUUGUUACGAUAGUCGAAUCUCCUUUCUUUGAUACGCUUUUUGAACUUUAUAAGAAGCUCAUUGGUGAUCAUAUAUCUGCAUGGAAUGGGUUAGUUUCGUCUCAGUUUGAUUGCAUGUUAAUUUCUUGGCGGUCUUUGGUAAAAGAUGCUAGAAAAUUGAAAGAGUUUUGCGCAAAUGAAGUAGAAGUAUUUCAGAAUGACAUGAAGGAUUUGGAAAGAGAUUUUUCGUGGAAUUUGAAUUCACAGAGGUCGCUGCUGUGGGUAUAUGGUGGUCAUCCAUUUACGCCUUCUUCUGUUGAAAUAUAUAACAAACAGAAGCAGCUCGUAAACCUUUGUCAUACUAUUUGGUCAAGAGAGAUGCCCUUGCAGGAACUAGCCCAAAAAGACUCUACCGAGACUGCUGUUUCUACCAAUCCUGAACUACGUUUUCUUGCUAUGCAAGGUGUUUGCAUGUCUGCAUUUAUCAUGAGCAAAGUAGAUGAAGACAACCUUGAUGUGUUAAAGCAGAUGGAGGACAUGUAUCAGAUGCUGUUAAGUAAGUUUCAUCAUGAAAAGGACAAGCUGGAAAGAAAUAAAUCGACUAAUGAGCAAGCUUCAUCUUUUGGUGCUCUAUCUAGUUGUUGUGUGAUGAACACAGACAUGUUAUGCCAACCUUCUGGCUUCAGUUGUUGGCUUGAUAAUCUUCCUUUGAAUGAUUAUUCAAGUUUCGGUCUUGAUAUGAUGCUACUUCAAGAGCUAUCCAAUAUCGUUGUUCUUGAUAGGACGGAACUAGAAUCUGGUUUAUCUUGUUUGCGUUGGCGUUUGGAAUCUACUAUGCAGUUUUCACUUGAUUCUUCUUCAAGGCCUCCAACUGAUUUCUCUCCUCAUCAGAAACUUUUAUGGGUUCUUGACGCUUGGGCCUCUGUCAAUCCUGCACAAUCAAGCAUAUCUAGUACUGUUAAUGAAAUGUGGUUUAAUUGGCACACUUCAUUGUGGAAACAUCACUUGAAUUGUGAAAAGACAAAUUUGGUACCUGAUAUGCUUUUUCAACCCGUGGCAACACUGUCUUUAGACAAGAUUCUGCAAAGCACGGUUGGUAUCGAUGAUUUUAAUGCACAUAGCUUAAAACUUGGAAUUGCAUCUCGUAUUCUUUGGCUAAGUUCUCCACAUGUUGCUGAGUGCCGUAGUUUCUUUGUAUCAUCUGCUCGAUCUCUGUUUCAGCAGAUAAUACUUGCUCAUGAGAAGUCCUUUGAAGCUGAUAAAUAUUCUUUGAUAAAAUCCGAAUUUUCAGCUCAGCAAGUCGAUGUGAAUCGUUUCAUGUCUCUUCUCACAUCAUCAACCCACUCAGUUUUGAAGUCUUCAAUUGAACCAUUUAUCAUUCCGCUGCUUCAUGAGCUAUAUUCACAGAAUUCUACAGAAUCUUUGUUUAAUCUCGGUAGCGCAUGGUUAAGACUUGGAGGUUUACGUUAUCGUCUUCUCGUAUGCUGUGAUGAUGUGGAUCCCGCUGUGAAGAAGAAUUUUAAAUAUAUUCAACUCACAGAGAGGAUUGCAUCACUUGAACUUGAUAUUCAAGUGCGCGAAGAGUGUGUUUAUCUGGCAGGAUGUUUCUCAUUAAGUGAGGCUGAUAAGGAAAAAGAAAGAUUGUUAAAUAAUCUUAAAAACGAAAGAAACAAACUCCAAAGACAAGUGGUGUUUCGUUCGGAUCCUCGGAAGUUUAAGAAGUUGAGAUCAGAAUGUGAUGAAUUCAUGAAAUGGGUUGUAAUGCCGUUUGCGGAUUUUGGGGUUGCGGAUAUACAUAAUUGGCAGGAAACUGCAACACGUUUUGUGGACCGAUUAUCAAACGAAUAUUCUGAAUAUGUUGAUAUAGUUCAACCUGUUCAGAUUGCAAUAUAUGAGAUGAAGUUAGGCUUGUCACUGGUGCUGUCUAACCGUCUACGUGAUCAAUAUCUGGAUAGAGUCGGGCAGAGAAAUAUUGAUGUUGUUUUGGGGGCACUUUAUUCCUUUAUAAGAUUCCCGAGGGGCAUGGGAAGAAAGUAUGUUACAAUCAUUGAGGAUGAUUUGAUUGAUUUCAAUGCUAAACUUUCGUAUUUUGAUGAAUCUUUCCCUACUUACAUGGGGGAGGAUGAUAUGAAGAUGGUGAAAACUUUGGUUACUGUUGCAAGAGAUAAUAACAAAGAUGAAGAGGUAUCCAUUUUGCAACUGAAAGCUUCGAUUCAUAAAAACAGUCUUCUUCGUGUGGUGCAUUAUGUGGCCACGGCACAUUUUCUUGACAAUGCGUCUUUCGAGCUCUUGGAGAAGAUGUUUAAUAGGUUUGCAAAACUUUAUGUAAAAAUGAAGACUCAAAUGAGAAUCAAAGAAGAGCUUGAUUCUCAGCAGUUCCAGUUUAAACCUCGUGCUUUUGAUAUAAAGAAUGUCAUCGAAAUUGACGUUUCUACCCUCGAAAGUUCAAUUGCAAAUGAAGCUUUUUCAGAGUGGCAGGAGUUGGCUACUGAGGAAGUUGAAGUAUCUGUGGAAAAGAACAAUGUAGGUGAUGAGGAUGGAAUCUUGGAGAAAGAUUGGAAUCUUCUGCUAGAAUCCAUGUUGAACGAAAUGGUCAAUUUAUUUUGUACCUUAUUUGGUUCUACGGAUCUCCUUCAACCUGUUGGUUUUGUUCAAUUAUCUGAUUCCGAUAGGCUGUGUUCUUUCUUGGAUUCUUAUACUCUGGGUACACGAGUACUAAAAGAUCUAAAGGGCUUAUUGUGUUCUAGUUUGGAUUCUAAAAUUAUCCCAGAACAUGUACUACGCCUUUGUCUGGAGCAUGAUAAGAAUUUUAAUUCAUCUCGUCUACUAAAAAGUUCUUACAACUUCUACAAGGAUUCAAAUGCUUCUAUGCUGGCUAAGAUGGUGGGCCCGGUUAUGAAUCUCAGACAGCGAAUUCGGCAUCUUAUGAGUGAAUGGGAUGAUCAUCCUGCUCUUCAGAAAAUUGUGGAUGUGAUCGAUAUGAUCUUGUCUAUCCCUAUGAACACCCCUCUUGCUAAGGCUAUGUCAGGCUUGCAGUUUCUACUUAACAGGGUUCGCAACCUUCAAGAAACUGUAUCAAAAUUCCCCCUUUCUGAUCAGUUAGAUCCAAUUGUUAGUCUUGUGUCGUCAUGGCAAAAGAUGGAAUUUGAAUCAUGGCAUGCUUUACUUGAUGAAGUUCAAGCACGGUUUGACACUAAUGCUGGCCAGUUGUGGUUUCCAUUGCACUCGGUUCUUCAAAAAUGUUCUGUGGAUGCUCACGACACAAUGCAGAGCUUGAAGGAGUUUAUUGAGACUUCCAGCAUUGGUGAGUUCAAAAAGCGUCUUCAACUUCUUUUUGCCUUCCAUGGUCACAUCAGCACCGAGAUUUGUCAGAAAUCUAGUUCAAGUCUUGGCCAUGAGGAUAAUGUGAAGAUUUUGUACAAUACUUUUGGCUACUACAUACAGUUCUUGCCGAUUAUUAUGGAGCAAUUAGCAUCUAACAGAAAGAAUAUUGUGGAAGAAUUGAAAGAACUCUUAAAGCUGUGCAAAUGGGAACGUAAUGAGUGGUAUAUGACAAUGGAGACUUCAAAGCGGACCCGUGAGAAAUUUAAAAAGCUGAUUCAGAAGUACACUGAUGUGCUGAAGCAACCUGUAAUGUUUAUUAUCAAUCAAGCAACUGGUCAAAGUGGAUUAAAAACACUAGCAGCUAAUGAUCGAACAUUGUUUUGUAAUUCUUUCGUGAAAUAUAAGCCAGUUCUGGAUGUUGCUUGCCAAGUAAUACAUUUGGGAAACGAAAAGAGGUUCAUAUGGCCUUCCACUUGGAGAAAUAAAGUGGAUCUUGCAUUUGAAGAUAUGCGAGCCGCACAUUUCAAAAAGCCUGACCGCACAUGUGUCCAAUUGCAUGAGGCAGAAGAAAAUAUAGAUAUUAUCCGGAAGUCCAUAGAUAAUUUAUCUUUAAGUGAUGUGACAAAGGAAGAGUGGGACGUAAUCCAAUACACAUUUGAAACAAUAAGCACAAAUAUUAUUUAUUGUGGUGAACGUUGGAAGGAAGAGAAAAAGAGUUUGCUGAAAAGACGGGCUCUAGCUGAACUACUAAAACUUCUCGACAGUUGUGGAUUAGCCAAGCAUAGACCUGCAUCCAAUGAGGAUCAAUCCGUGAAGAAUAAGUCAAGGUUUUUCCAACCGUCUUAUGUUAUGGAGCAUUUGUUACUUACCGAAAGUAGAUUAUCUUCUGGAAACGUUGAUGUUGCUUCGGAAGAGAAAGCUCAAAGUCUAGCCAUGGAUAAUCUAGAAACCAUCUGGAAAUCAGCAAAUGAGUACUUCUUCAAAAGUAUGUCUUCUUUUGGCCGUUUGCAAGAUGUUUGUUCGAAUUUUCACAAGGACUUUACAAAAGAACAGGCUGAGGUGGCUGUUUCAUACCUUGAUCAUCUUGUUGAGAUACAAAAAUCUCAUAGGGCUGAUGCCUAUGAUCUUGCCAAGGGUUUGGAACUCUUAAAGAAACACAGUUUGCCGUUACAGAGUUUAUUUUCAAGCAGCUCUGGCGGCUCCUUUUCUCACAAUCAAGAAAUUGUUUCUAAUUGCAUGUGGCGUCAGAAGCAACUGUUUGAUACAAUGUGCAACAGUUUAGAUGACGAAUGUUUGUUGCUAAAGAGUGUUGAGAACAACCAUUUGAACAGUUGUCAAAGUGUUGGAGCUGCUGCUAAACAGAUUCAUCGUUUCUUAGAAGCGUUUGCUCUUAAAUUCAAAAAGUCCAAGGAAAUGCUGGAUAGUUAUCUUUUUGGUGAUUGUGGCAGUCUAAUUAGCACAUCAGUUGUAUUACAUCCUUAUGGCAUCACAAAGGAAAUGGAACAAUUUGUCCAACAGAACUUUAUGUUAAUUAAGGGUUUUAAAGAGGAAUUGCUUGCUAUUCGUGAGCAAGAUCUGCAUGCUGGAUUAGCAAAAAAGGUUCUGCUUGACCAUUUCAACGACAUCAUCACAAAUGGCAACCUUUUAAAUGAGUACUACAAUUCUGCUUUGAAAGAAAGGAAUCAGCCAGAAAAAGUUCAUGAUGCGGGUGAUAUUUCAAGAGCCGAAGUUCGGUUCACCGAGUCUCUUAGGAAAACAUGCAAACAAAUAGUUGACAGCUUUGACCGAGUUAACUCGGUCAAUAACAGGGUUGAGCACUCAGAAGAUUAUCUGCGAAAUAUCAAUACCUGGCAAAAUUUGUUUGCCUCUAGAGUAGAGUCUCUGCCGUUGCACGCUAUAAAUGAUGAAUUAGUGGAAACACUUAACUCUGCUGGAAAACUCAUUGACCUUUAUGGAAAUGAAGAAGCAAGCAUAGAUCUUGUUGAGGCGCAACUGAAGCAUCUGUAUUCAUUAUUGGACCUAAUGAUUAACUUUGGCAACGGUCUUCUUAAUGACUUUAUGGUUGUCCACAGUACUUUGUCUAUGGUUACACACGCACUAGCAGAGAUUUUUGCUUCACUAUAUUCGCAAGGCUUUGGGUGCGCAACAGAAAACGAAGAGGAAGACAAUGGUACUCAAGACGCUACUGGAACUGGUAUGGGUGAGGGUGCAGGGGUUAAAGAUGUAAGCGAUCAGAUAGAAGAUGAAGACCAACUACUUGGAACCGAAAAGGGGGGUGAAGAACAAGAUGCAUUGAAUGAUGUUCCAAGUAAAAAUGAUAAAGGCAUAGAGAUGGAACAGGAUUUUAACGCUGAUGCGUUUAGUGUUAGUGAGGAUGAAACCGACGAUGAAAACAAAGAUGAAAAUGAUGAGCCAGAACUUGAUUCUGCCAUGGGUGAGACUGGGGACGACAGUAAUAUUGUCGAUGAAAAACUUGGGGAGAAUAAAGAUGACGAAAACGAUGAAAAUCCUGAAAAAAAUGAAAAGUACGAGACCGGUCCGUCAGUUAAGGAUAAUGAUCCCAACGGUAGAGAGCUUAGAGCUAAAGAAGACGAUGUGGCAGCUACUGAUGAAGCAGGGGAGUUGGAUGCUGAUGAAUCUAACAAACAGAAUGACGAAAAUGACGAUAAUGGCCCUGAUGAUGGUAAUGAUGUUGAAGAUAUGAAUGUAGAUAAAGAUGAAGCGUUUUCUGAACCUACGGGUUUGAAGCCUGAUGAGCCCAAUGUGGAUCCUGAUGAUGAUAUUGACAUGAAUCAGCAAGAUGACGUGGACCACAAUGAAGAUGAGGGAACUGAAACCGUUGAUGAAUCAGCCGACGGUGAAGAAGAAGAAGCUGACCACAAAGAAGAAGAAGAAACUGGUCCCGAUGCGUUAACAGAGAACGUUGAUAUGGAAACGGAAGCUGAAGAAGCUGACCAAGAAAAUCAGCAGGAUAGUAAAACUGAUGCUGACAUGGACGAACAAAAGAAUGACGUUACUGCACCCGUUGCUAAUAAUUUUGAUACUGAACAUCAGCAAAAUUACGAAUCCGCCACUCAACCUAACAGCGGGUCAAAUGGAGCAUCAAUGAGAAACGUUUCAUCGGAAGUUACAUGGUCGAAUACCGAUGAUAUGCAAAGUGAGUUGGCUCCUAUACAAGGUUUACCUAAUUCUUCACAAAAUGAAGUUAGUGUUGCUGGCUCAUCAAAAGCAGGGGAACUAAACGAUGAACAUAUUGGUCAACCACCUGAGGUUGACCCGUCGUCCCUUCAGAAAAGCGAACCAAACCCGUUACGUAAUAUUGGCGAUGCACUCGAGGGCUGGAAAGAACGGGCAAAAGUUUCCGUUGAUUUAGAAGAUAAGAAAAACGAUCCAAUGGAUGAUAUGGAUGGUGGAGAUGAGGAUCAAGAUGCAGAUGAAUAUGGGUUUACUUCCGGGUUGGAUACAGGAACAGCUCAGGCACUCGGGUCUGCUGCAGCUGACCAGGUGGAUAAAAAUAUUGACAGGAAAGAGCCUGUUGAUGGUGACGGUGAUGGUGGGCCCGCAGACCAGAAGGAUGAUAUUGAAAUGGACAUUGAAGACCAACAUCAUGAAGCCCAGCCCGUCAAGAAUUAUCCAUUAAAAAACGUUGGUAAUACUAUCCAUGACAAGAUGGAAGUUGAAGAAACGGAGAUCCUAGAUGAAGCUCCUGAAGUGUUCAACCCUCUUGAAGAUGGUGACCGAAGUCAGUUAGAAAGUUCGGUGUUCGUGAAAAGGUCUUAUAUGACAGAUGACGUAAGUCAGUUCGGUCAACUUUCUGUUGUUGAUGAUGAUAUGGGCAAGUCCCACAAUCUUGAAGAUGUUCCUGCUGAGAUGAAAGAUUCUGCUUCUGCGUUAUGGAGAAAAUACGAGUCGCAAACCACAAGAUUAUCUCAAGAGUUGGCUGAACAGUUGCGUUUGGUUAUGGAACCGACUCUUGCUAGCAAGCUUCAAGGGGAUUAUAAAACCGGCAAACGGAUAAACAUGAAAAAGGUAAUUCCUUACAUUGCAAGUCACUAUCGAAAAGAUAAAAUAUGGCUGAGACGGACCCGCCCGAAUAAACGAAAUUACCAAGUUGUGAUUGCUGUGGAUGAUUCUCGAAGUAUGUCGGAGAAUAAUUGUGGGAAUGCUGCUAUUGAAGCUUUAGUGACGGUUUGCCGUGCAAUGUCCCAACUGGAAGUCGGGAAUUUGGCCGUUGCAAGUUUCGGUAAAAAGGGGAAUAUUAAAUUACUACAUGACUUUGAUCAGCCGUUCACUGGAGAGUCUGGAGUUAAGAUGGUCUCGAGUCUGACAUUCAAGCAAGAGAACACAAUAGUUGAUGAGCCCAUGGUUGACCUACUAAAAUACUUAAAUAACAAACUUGAUUCUGCGGUAAUUAAUGCACGAUUGCCAUCGGGACAAAAUCCGUUAGAGCAGCUUGUUUUAAUCAUAGCCGAUGGCCGACUUAAUGAAAAGGAGAAUCUGAAGCGUCGUGUUAGAGACAUUUUGAGCCAAAAACGAAUGGUCGCUUUUCUUCUUUUGGACAACCCGAAGGAUUCAAUAACAGAAGUUAUGGAUGCAUCAUUUAAAGAUGGAAAAUGCGUGAGUCUUGUUAAAUACAUGGAUUCAUUCCCAUUUCCGUUCUAUGUUGUCCUAAAAGACCUUGAAAGUCUUCCAAGAACACUUGCUGAUUUAUUGAGACAAUGGUUUGAGCUUAUGCAGCAUUCAAGGGCCUAAGGCGGAAGAUGGUAUUUAUGUAGAAACUUAGAAAGAAAUUUAUUAAGGGGUUUUGAGGAAAGGAAAACAUUCACAAUUUUGUAUAGCUUUUCCUCUUAAAUUUUGUAUUAGUGAACCCUCAUCUUCAUUAUUUAUAAUAUAAAAAGACUGCAGAGGCCUCUAUUCUUGUA